GGGAGAGAGUGUAUGUAGGCAUGCAAGUGAGACUCCAGGGAAGGAGUGACAGGCAAAGAGGGGAAGAAAGCCAGAGCGACAGAGGGGAUCUCUGAGGAUACACGGAUGAGAAAGAGGUGUGGGGGAGCCAAGGAAGAGGAGCCCGAGUGUGUAUCGCCCAAGGGGGAGUUCAUACACACCGCAGACAGCACACACACUCCAGCGGGCACUCGGCACUGUUUCCCUGACAACUAGAAUGGGCUGCAAUUUGUGCACCUUGCAGAAACGGGAGGAACACUACAAACUGCUCUACGAGAUCGCACAGGUAAAUGGUUUGGCCAAGGUCGAACAUGAUGAAGCAGUGGUGGAGGCCAUCAGGCGAGACCCUAUCGUUGUCCAGGUUCUCCGACGUACCCCCACCAGAGCCGCGGCGGCUGUCGUACAAAACGGCACCAGCUCGCCGCAGGACGUGUGUGUGGUCGAUGUGUGCACGCAAACAGACAUCACCUUUGAACAUAUUAUGGCACUGGCCAAGCUUCGGCCUGCUACCCCACCAGUCCCUGACAUUUGUCCCUUCCUGCUGUCUGACAGCUGUCACUCAAUCCACACUAUGGAACAUGAGUUUUAUGAAUGUCCAGAGUACCUGUCUAACACCACAGCAGAUGUGGAGAGGAUCGUAGAGUAUGAGUAUGAGGAAGUGGAGCUAUGCAGGCAGAACAGCCAAGAAAAGCUGGGCCUGACACUGUGCUACAGGACUGAUGAUGAGGAGGACACUGGGAUCUAUGUGAGCCAGGUUGAGCCGAACAGCAUAGCGGCAAAAGACGGGCGCAUAAAGGAAGGAGAUCGUAUUCUGCAGAUAAAUGGCUGUGAAGUACAAGACAGAGAGAAGGCUGUUGCCCUGUUGUCAAGUGAAGAAGCAAGGAGCAUCACACUACUGGUGACAAGGCCAGAAAUCCAGUUAGAUGAGGAGGCUGGAUGGCUGGACGAUGAGCAACAGGAGCUCAUGGAGGAGAUCCUCGAGGAGAGGAGGAAGCAGAAGGAACAUGGCUUUGACAGGGGAGAUGAGAAUCAAGCUGAAGAAGGGAUGACAACAGACACAGCUACAUGUUCUUCCAACAAUCAAGACAGUGGGUUUGGACGCAGUACGGACAGUCCGGAGCACCAACCACUGCUGGCUAAACUCCAAAGAAGGAGCCCAGCUCAUUGCCUAAGGGAGCGGUGGCGGGCAGAGCAUCCCCACACCAAGCGAGGAGCUGUUGUCCCACGGGAAAACCAGAGCACGAGAACACUGUCCACAGGCCAAGGCCACGAAGGGGUAGGGAGUGUUCGCAAUAGUGGAGGUGGGAUCUUAGGUUUGGAGAAUCGCUUCCAGCAACUCUUGGAGCUCAAGUGUCAGAUCCGAAACGGGGGUGAGUGUGGGGUGUACUCAAUUCGACACAGUAUAGAGUGUAGCCUUACUGAACAAGGGGGAGAGGAUGCCGAUUGCGUAGAUGACAUAGGGGGAGGGGUGGAGCAGGAGUUGAGGAUGCUAAACGAGGAACUGCGCAGCAUUGAGCUCGAAUGCCAGAGCAUUAUGCAGGCCCAUCAGCUUCGCCAGUCCCAUCAGCAGGAGCACUCACAGCCGUCGCCCUGUUCACCAGGAAGGAGCACCAAAGAUGGACACAAGCGGCACAGCAGGCUGGCUGACAUUCACGAACACCCAGAGAGGUUGGAAGCCGAUAAGAUGCGCGAGAAGGAUAGCUCCAGUGCCUACAACACAGCAGAAAGUGCACGCUCAACACCACUGGGUAUGGAGAGAUCUCCUGACCACUCUCUGCAGAGACACAUCAGCAUUACCAACCAGAAAAACCUCAGACUGGCUUCUUCAACACCCUCAAGCCCUAUUCCUAUCCCCAAGCCCCAGGGCACAUCUAGUCGUAGCAGACAAGCAGAUCCAGGUCCUGUAAUCUCAAGCAGCCCUGAUCAGAGCAACCCUUCCAGGUCUGAGUCGGACCCUGCUCUGCCUGCAGAUGAUGAGAGGUGUGAGAAGAAAGGGAGGACCAGAGAGUCAAGGAGAGGGCUUCCUUAUGCUUCUUCAUAUCACACGACCCCUUAUCAUGGCCAGGGAGGAUCUAAGCAACUUCAGAGCUACAUGCAACUGCUACAGCAGCAUUCAUCCGUGGAGUAUUCGCAGAGCCAGCUGAGUCUCCUCAGUGUCUGCCGAGAUCCCGUGCACCGUAACGGACGCCCUGGGGAACCACGACUAGAGUGGAAGGUCAAAGUUCGAGCUGACGGGACGCGAUACGUUGCCCGGAGGCCUGCUCGUGAUCGCAUACUGAGGGAGAGGGCGCUAAGGAUCAGAGAGGAGAGGAGUGGAGGCAUGACCACAGAUGAUGACGCCAUGAGUGAGAUGAAGAUGGGCCGCUACUGGAGCAAAGAGGAGAGGAAGCAGCACCUGGCACGUGCCAGGGAGCAAAGAAAGAGGAGGGAGUUUAUGCAAAAGAGCCGCCUGGAGUGUUUAAAGGAGGGACCACUGAGUGGAGCUGAAGGCAGGAAGGAGAUCAAUAUCUUGGAGCUCAGUCACAAAAAGAUGAUGAAGAAACGAAAUAAAAAGAUCCUGGAUAACUGGAUGACUAUUCAGGAGCUGAUGAGCCAUGGGGCCAGAGUCCCAGAGGGCUCCAAAGUCCAUAAUGCCUUUCUUUCUGUCACAACUGUGUAAUAAAAGAUAUUAAGUCAGGUAGACAGCAAUCGAGGAACUACUGCUUGUUUUUUCUUCUUUUUUUUAAGUGUACAUUUCUGAGAUUAAAUCAAAUACGUUAACGCCGAAGACGUCUGUAGCAUUCCCAAAGCAACUCUGGAACUAACACUUUAAGAAUGUUUGAAUAGUUCAACAAUCAAUUGCAAGACCUCGGCCAUACAAACUGUUUUUUACGCUGGCAUUUUGGUAAUGCUCCCUGCUUCUGGUAGCGCGUUGGUUCAAACAGAUUCACGUAACAGACUGAGGGACCAACACAUUAACCUUGUGUAUACCAUGUACUGUGUCUCCAUUACUCUCGUUUCUUUUGUGUCAUUGCACAUGAAGCGACUUCACUUGCCUCGAUCGAGGUGUUUGGCUGUUUUUUUUAUAAUGGGGGAAAUACGAUAUUUUUCACACAGCUUUUUGUAAAGAAAUUUUUACACUGAAUGUCAAAGUACUGUAAGCAUUUUAUUCUAAUUUCUUAUUUAUGUUUAUUACCACCAAAUCGUCAAUGUCAGAAGUGACACUAAUUGAUUGUAUUGUAGCCCGCAGUGAGAGAGACCUCAUUACACUGCUAAAGGACUACGACUCCACAUCUAAAACCACUGCUUUUAUUGUGUUGAUAAAGUCACUUGAGUCAGACUUGUCUGAUAAGCAGCACUGAAUUUAAGGCACUGAAAGACUCAAUUUUGCCAUCUCAAAAGCUCAUUUUGUUCAUGAGCUGGGAGGGCUUUUUUGAUACAGCUUUACCUCAACUUACAGAACAAACUGACCUGUCAAGUAUUUGAAUUUUGGGGCAAAAGGAAUGGCUGACCUUCAACCCUCCCUUUGAAACAUAAUCGCGUGAAUUGUGUUAAACAUGUUAAACAGACUCUUAUUUAUAUUGUUUACUGUCGUUUGUAUUUAUUGUAAAUUCCUUUUUAUAGUCUGUCUAAAAUGUUUCGGUGCAGCUAGCCUUGAAAAGGCAACACUUUUCAAGGUGCUGUCAAUGAAAAUGUAUAAUAUUUGCAGCCUUUCAACUCAGUCUGCUGUUUUCACUGUAAAGUUAAUUGACGAGGCCUUGAGUUCAGUAUUUGUUGAUGGUGAU